AGAAAGUCCAUUGUUGCUGUGAGUUUCGUUGCUGCAUUCCUCUGUCUGAUUAUUGUUCGUCUCACAAAUGAAGUAACUUUCCCUUUGAUCCUGAACUGCUUUGGACAAACCAGUGUCAAAUGGAUACCAUUUUCUAAUGGCCAAAGGCAGCCUCUGAGAACUCAUUAUGGAUAUAUAAAUGUGAAAACACAAGAGCCUCUACAACUUGACUGUGACCUCUGUGCCAUUGUUUCAAACUCGGGACAGAUGGCUGGCCAGAAGUUGGGAACCAAGAUAGACAAGUCCUCCUGCAUUUGGAGGAUGAACAAUGCUCCCACAAAGGGCUAUGAGGAAGAUGUUGGGAAGAGGACAACUGUAAGAGUAGUUUCUCACACAAGCGUGCCUCUCCUACUCAAGAAUCCCGAGUACUUUUUCAAAGAAACCAACAACACUGUAUACGUGAUCUGGGGACCAUUUCGAAACAUGAGGAAGGAUGGAAAUGGCAUUGUGUACAACAUGUUGAAGAAAACUGUUGACAGCUACCCAACUGCCAAAAUAUAUGUGACAACAGAAAAGCGCAUGAGUUACUGUGAUGCAGUAUUUAAGAAGGAGACAGGAAAAGACCG